AUGGCUGGGGCGGAGGGGUCUGCUGGGCUGCAGUCGGAGCUGGAGCCUGUGGUGUCGUUGGUCGACGUACUAGAGGAGGACGAGGAGCUGGAGAAUGAAGCGUGCGCCGUAUUGGGCGGCAGCGACUCCGAGAAGUGCUCCUACUCGCAGGGCUCAGUAAAGAGACAAGCACUCUAUGCCUGUAGUACUUGCACCCCAGAGGGAGAAGAACCAGCAGGAAUUUGCCUCGCUUGCAGUUACGAAUGUCAUGGAAGUCAUAAACUAUUUGAGCUAUACACAAAAAGAAACUUUCGUUGUGAUUGCGGAAACAGCAAGUUUAAAAAUUUGGAAUGCAAAUUAUUUCCUGACAAAGCAAAGAUAAAUUCUGGCAAUAAAUACAAUGACAACUUUUUUGGAUUGUACUGCAUUUGCAAGAGACCUUAUCCUGAUCCUGAAGAUGAGAUUCCGGAUGAGAUGAUCCAGUGUGUAGUCUGUGAAGACUGGUUCCAUGGAAGGCAUCUUGGUGCCAUCCCCCCCGAGAGCGGGGAUUUCCAGGAGAUGGUGUGCCCGGCUUGUAUGAAGCGCUGCCCCUUCUUGUGGGCUUAUGCUGCACAAUUGGCAGUAACCAAAGUAUCUGUGGAGGAUGAUGGGUUGGUGCUGAAUGUUGAUGGAAUAGGUGAUCAAGAAGUCAUCAAACCUGAAAAUGGAGAUCAUCAAGAUAGUACCCUCAAAGAGGAUGUUCCAGAACACGGAAAGGAUGCUGUCACGGAAGUUAAAGCAGAGCAGACUAACGAACCAUGUACCAGCUCUAGUUCUGAGUCUGAUCCCCAGACCGCACUUAAGAAUCAACAUCUCAACACAGAAUCACAGUCUGGCUGCAGACUUCAGGAUCUUAAUGCUAAGCAGUUGAUAAAGAAAGACAUUGCCACCUAUUGGCCCCUGAACUGGCGUAGCAAGUUAUGUACCUGCAAAGACUGUAUGAAAAUGUAUGGCGAGCUAGAUGUCCUGUUCCUGACAGAUGAAUACGACACAGUUCUGGCUUAUGAAAACAAGGGCAAGGUUGACCAGGCAGCUGACAGGAGAGACCCUUUAAUGGACACCCUUAACAGCAUGGACAGAGUCCAGCAAGUGGAACUUAUUUGUGAAUACAACGACUUGAAGACUGAACUUAAAGACUAUCUCAAGAGAUUUGCUGAUGAAGGCACGGUGGUUAAGAGAGAGGACAUCCAGCAGUUCUUUGAAGAAUUUCAGUCAAAAAAGAGGAGGAGAGUGGACGGGAUGCAGUACUACUGCAGCUAGAUUGGACGAUGGCACCUGCUCAGCCAGGCCACCGCCAAGGCCACUUACUGUGCCCGGAA